AGUUUGCUUUCCUUACUGCGGUAUUAUUAGACACAGACACACGAACGAGCCGUUGCAUUUUCAACUUGCGCCUGUAAAGCAGCUCCAGCGGAAGUUGAGAGUGGAAAAGUGCAGUUACCUCCGAACCUGUGGCAUAGAAAUAACAGCAACACCUACCACAGCUACCGCUGCAAAGUAGAAAAUAAUGUUAGCCUCCAAAGGGAAACCCUUUUCGUUCGAUCAGACGGAGUUGAAUCCAUCGCGCAGCAAGCCGUCAAUUCAACAAACGAUAAUGGAGGUGAUAGUGUUCCUGCUGACAUCGUUAGGGUACAUACUGCAGGCAAUUUACUAUCAAAUAUUCGGUGUUUCAAAGAAAGACCUGAAUGGAGAAAUAGCACUUGUGACUGGUGGUGGUGGUGGGCUCGGAAGGUUGCUGGCCCUUCGGCUCAUAAAGCUCGGAGCCAAGGUUGUGCUGUGGGAUAUUAAUCAGGAAGGACUAGACGAGUCGGUAAAACUGAUUCAAUCCCUAGGAGGGCUUUGUAAAGGUUAUAAAGUGGACAUCUCCAAUAAAGAUGAAGUGUAUAACUAUGCCAAAAUACUGCAGGAAGAUGUUGGUGAUGUUACGUUAUUAUUCAAUAACGCAGGGGUUGUUUCUGGACGUGCGCUUCUAGACACUCCCGACCACUUGAUAGAACGUUCUUUCAGCGUUAAUGUGCUUGCACAUUUCUGGACGACGAAAGCUUUCCUCCCGGCAAUGUUGAAACACGACCAUGGGCACAUCAUAACCAUUGCUUCUUUGGCUGGUCAUGUCGGUAUAUCGAAGCUGGUGGACUAUUGUUCUAGUAAAUUUGCUGCAGUUGGUUUCGACGAAGCAUUACGAUUGGAACUUGAACAUCUGCGCGCGCAAGGUGUAUUUACGACAGUAAUUUGUCCGUAUUUUAUUCAAUCGACAGGAAUGUUUGAUGAUGUAAACUCGAGAUGGGUUCCAACGCUUGACUCGAAUGAUGUGGCGGAUAGAAUCAUCGAAGGUGUGCAGAAAAACGAAAAAUACGUCAUAAUUCCUGGUUACUUGCGCCUAAUGUUGGCCAUCAAAUGGAUAUUUCCCUGGGGUUGCAAUUCUGGAUUCCUUCGGCGCCUAGUGCCAGAUGCUGCACCACAGCAUACUAUGACGCCAUUAUGCAGCUCGGAUUGUGACACGGCAAGUGACAUUGCUACUUCAUUUACCAGUGAUAAUAAUAAUUCUUCAAAAUCGGCCCCACUACUUGUGCACAGACAGUGCACUGGCGAGCGUGUACUAUAACUAAAUAAAACAAAGAAUCUUCUGUUUGCGAUUGAUGUUUGAUUGCGAGAAAUCAUAUUUCUGCCCGUAUCAGGAGCACCAUAGCCAUUGCAAAAUAGAUUUAACUAUUCAAAAAUGUUGCCAGAAUCUUGAAACGAGUAAGUGAUUUCGAACAUUGAAAAGCAGUAAGGAGGAAAAAAAGAUUGUAUUAGGUUUGUGAACGUAAGAUGCUAGAGGCAAAUUACGGAAGAGGUGAAAUAGUAGAAAUAAGUAUUGCGUAAGAGGUGUAGCAUUGGGAUGCAAGAUUUAUCGACAUACAUUACAAUCAAGCGUGUCGUGCUUUAGUUGAAUACGGGUAUGCAUCACUACUUGCCCAGUUAUUAAGAAUAGAGUAUCUCUUACCCGCGAUCAAUUCGUUGUGUGCAAGAUAUGCUAGAACUUUGUUAUUCUUUAUAUUGUAAUGAAUAAUGGGUAACAAUAUUGUUGUACAAAACCUGUUCAACAGUUUAAACAACCGUUCAUCAAAAUGUGAUCAAAAUAUGUGUAAACGAUGUCAAUAAA